AAAUCGUUGUAAGCAUCCAUUAUUCUUAGCGUACAAACGUUAAAAAUAAUCGCGUCGUAAAAUAAAAAAAAAAAUAACAAUACUUGUAAUUUAUUUUAAACGUGUCAUAUUUCAAAAUCUGUCAAACUGUGGCCUCAACUGCAAACUAUGGGACCCAAGAAACACAAAAAACACAAACGUGAACGUCAUGAAGUUUAAUGGUGUACAGGAAUAAUGACUACGUUUUCAUCAUGGACAAACUGAGAGUGAGAUUGGAGUAGAAGUAAUAAAGUGGAUUAUUGGGAGGUAAUAGAGAAAAUACGAAGGUUCCAUAGCAAGAACUGAAUUCCUGAACCGAAAAGGGCUGUAUUCAACGCCGGAUAAGCCUACAUUGAAAUUAAUUCUAAAAGUCGGUGGUAGCAGCGGGACUCCUGAGUACGGAAGUGAUUCGCCAAAUUCGUCAGCGAUGUUGUCUCAGCAGUACCAACAGCUGGGUAUGAAUUACUCGGUGACUCAAAAUGAAUCCGAGUAUGAGAAAUACUUGAGUACACACAAAAAGUUGAAGAAAAAGAAGAAGAAAAAGGAUAAACGUCACAAGCAUCACCACAAAGACAAGAAACGCAGAAGAGAAGAGUCAAGUCAAGAGUCUGUUGGUGAUGCUGAUGAAAGUUUUAUGGAAGUACCAAAAAAAAUACCAGCAAAUCAUCAUUUAGCACCUCCGAAAUUGACCACGAGCACGGAGCAUAGAAUAGGACUCAAUACGAGCUCGUUGUCGCCGCAUCGCGAACCACGUACUUGUGUGUUGAAAAAAAUAGCCGAGCGCACUCCUCUGCAGCGACUUUUAGAACAUUUAUUAAGGUCGAUGGAGAAGCGCGACCCGCAGCAAUUCUUUGCCUGGCCAGUCACUGACAAUAUAGCACCUGGUUACUCAUCAAUAAUUAAAAAUCCAAUGGAUUUUAGUUCGAUAAAACAAAAAAUAGAUGAUAACAAUUAUCAAAAUUUAAAUGAAUUUAUUGAUGAUUUUAAAUUGAUGUGUGAUAACGCUAUGAUUUAUAAUCAUCCAGAGACAAUUUAUUACAAAGCGGCUAAAAAACUGUUGCACGUUGGCUUAAAAAUGGUUACGCCUGAAAAAUUACGACAGUUGAGGCCCGUUUUGACCUACAUGCACGACAUUACGCGCGAUGAACUAGGAUUUGAACUGGGAGUUGAGGAUCCCAAUAAUCCAGACACUCUGGUGACUGAGGAGCAGAUCGAGAAAGAGCGCGAACAGGAGGAACGCAAUGAAGAGGCUGAGGAAAUAAGGAAAGAAAACCAACGUAAAAUGCGUCUAGCCAAUCUUGGCAAGUUUGAAGCUGUCCCGGAUGAUCUUACCCCCGAAGAAAUACUAAAACAAGCGCGUAGUGCCGCUAAAGCUGCGUCAGAUAAAUUAACAAUGAAACGGCUCAACUCCAAGAUGGGUUUCUUGAGGCAAAAGAAAGACGGCACAACAAGCUUACAAAUAAUUGUACACGGAGACGGUGUUAUACCAGGUACGAAUCAACGACCAGUAUCACUUGGUCAAUUAAUUGGGAAGUUAAGUCACGGCACUGGUGUACUGGCGGGCUUUCGUGAAGAUCGUCGCAAUAUGUCGAAGCCCGUAAAGUCACUUUAUUACGGUGCUUUUGGUUCUUAUGCACCGAGUUACGACUCUACAUUUGCCAACCUCACUAAAGAAGAAACGGAAUUAGUUUACCAGACUUAUGGUGAUGAAACAGCUGUACAGUAUGCAGAAUCUAUACUAGAUUUUGCAAAAGACUGUGACUACACACUGACAAUGGUCGACGAUCUACUGGACAUUCUCACUGGCGGAGAUCAUAGAAAAACUAAAAAAUUACUCGAAGAAAAACGAAGACUCAAAGAAGAGGAAAAGAAAAUUCAGCACUUGUUAGAAAAACCAAUGAAUGAUUUAGACAAAAAUGGACAAGAUAAAGUAAAAGUUGACUUGGACCAACUCAAAACUUUAUCUGAAUUAGGAAUCGAUGUCAACUUUUUAGAUGAUCUAGAAGAGGAUGUAAAGUCAUGCGAGGAUCGUUCAUUGCUCCAAAACCAUUUAGACGAGACGUCUCAAAUGUUGGGACAAUUACGUCAAGCUCAACAUGACAGGCUAUCAGGACCACCACCUGCUCACUUGUCAAACGUACCAAAAGCACCUGAGAGUGAAGUUAAUCUUGCUGAGAAGAUCUCUGAAAAUCUAACGGAAAUAGCUAAGAAAUUACCGCCAUCGGCCAUAGCGCCGGUUGAUGGUCUGCGACGCGCCAUGGGAAUAGCUCCAGUUGGUGGUCCAGAGCCCAUGGAAGUUGAUCCGAUCACUCACAAUCCCACAAUAGUAGCUGAGAAUGAUCUACUAAAUCAAACAAAUUCCGGGCGGUCUGCUACUGGGAUAGCAUCGAGAACUGGUGCCAGUGCUGCUGCCACAAAUUUACUGUCAAAUACUUCGCCCAUUCAAACGAGUAUUGUCAGUACUGAUGAGCAAACAAACUCGACAAUAGUUCUUGCAACACCAUCACAAACUCCAAUGCAAAUUCAAAUCGGAAUGACGCACAAUCAAACCGCACUGAUGGCCAAUAACGAGUCCACAGGCGUUCCGGAUCUUGAAUCCGAAUUGCGUGAAUUUUUGGAAAGUGAUCCGACACUUGGACACUCACCAUUACACGACGACAAAACUCUAGAAGAUAUUUUAUCUGAAUCUUAAUAUCUACCGGCGAUCACGAUAAAUUAAUUUUUUUUACCAAUUAACUGAUCAUUUAAAUAUUGUAUAUUUUAUAAAAAUAAUAAUAAUAAUAAUAAUAAUGAUAAUAUUCUUAAUUAUUGAUUAAAAGUUUGAAUUUCUUGGAGUUUAUUUAUUAUAAACUUUUGAGAAAAAAUAUUUAAGAUAAUUGAGACAAUGUUAUACAAAUUAUCUAAAGUUUUCUGAAUAAAUCGCAUUAUUAAAAAGAAAUGAAUUGAAUAAUUUAAAUAAUUAAGUAGUUGAUAUAAAUUGUAAAAUAUAUUUUUUUAAUGGACUGAAAUAUGACAAACGUGUAUGUAAUUUGUACGAAUUGCUGUGAUAAAUCGAGCAUACUCUUGUAGUUGUUGUAUUUAUAAUUACUAUAAUUAUAAUUAUUAUUAUUAUUAUUAUUAUUAUUAUUAUUAUUAAAUUAAUUUCUAGUUCAAAUGAUUUUGUAAUUAUGUUGCCUCAAUUAUCUUAAUUAAUAACAGACACUAGCGAAUAAUUUGUAAAACUUGUAA